AUGGAAGAGAUCAAUAACAAACCAAACUAUUCCGUCGAAGAACAGCAAUGCGAGACACAUUUCGUAGAGAAUGUUACCCGAAAUUCUGAAGGAAGAUAUAUGGUGCGUCUUCCACGCCAUCCCGAUUUCGAUCACAUGCUGGGUGAUACGAAAGCUGUUGCCAUGCGCCAAUACCAUUCCCUGGAGAAACGCUUGGAGCGCGAUCCGAACUUGAAGCAGGAAUACCAAAAUUUUCUCGCCGAGUAUCUAUCGUUAGGCCACCUUCGAAUCAUUUCUGCGAAUGAACCCGAGCCGCCACAGGUCUCUUACAUUCCGCACCAUCCCGUCGUGAAGGAGUCAAGCAUCACCACAAAAGCCCGUGUGGUAUUCAAUGGAUCGGUACACUCCACUACCGGAUUUUCCCUGAACGACACCCUACAAGUUGGUCCAGUAGUGCAAGACGAAUUGCUCACCUUAAUUCUUCGUUUUCGCAAGUACCCUGUUGCACUCGUCGCUGACAUCGAGAAAAUGUACCGUCAGGUACUGGUCGACCCAAGAGACACCCCUCUGCAAAGAAUAUUUUGGCGUUUUCAACCCGAUGGCCCCAUCGAAACGUGCGAAUUGUUAACCGUAACGUACGGUUUGGCGUCUUCGUCUUUUCUUGCUACUCGCACCCUAAGUCAAUUGUGUAAAGAUGAAGGAGACAACUUUCCGCUCGGAGGACCAGCCCUGGUGAAAAACUUUUAUGUCGACGACUUUAUAGGAGGUGCCCAAUCCAUCGGCGAAGCAAUCCAUACCAGAACUGAAUUGAAUCAGCUGCUCGCGAAAGGCGGGUUUCAGCUCCGCAAAUGGGCAUCCAACGAUUCACGGGUACUUGAAGGUCUAGAUCCGUCACAAAUUGAAACGAAAGCAUUUCUGAAUCUCGAAACAGAAAAGGCAGUCAAAACUCUAGGCGUGAGAUGGGAGCCCAAACCAGAUAAAUUAAGCUUUGAAAUUGCUUCCAUCGAUCCUACUAGUGCUUCAACAAAAAGGACGAUUCUAUCUGGUGUAUCCAAGCAUUUCGACCCUCUUGGAAUCACUGCUCCAGUUGUCAUUCGCGCGAAAAUACUCCUGCAAGAGCUGUGGCUGCAACCAUGUGGAUGGGAUGACGAAGUUCCUGAUCCUGUCAACGAGAAGUGGAUAUCCUACUGUUCCGAUUUGACAAAGCUAUCCUCCUACGCAGUUGACCGAUGCGUUUUUCUUCCAAACUCUACCUACGAGCUUCACACGUUCGCUGAUGCGUCUGAGCAAGCAUACGGCGCUUGCACCUUUGCCAGGUCAAUUUCCUCCAAAGGCCAGAUCCGUGUUCAUCUGAUAGCUGCAAAAUCUAGAGUCGCUCCCCUCAAACGUCUAUCGAUACCAAGGUUGGAAUUAUCAGCUGCCGUACUCGCCGCCAGAUUACACGCAAAAAUCCUCGAAGCCCUCGAUAUGGCCAUAUCUGCAUCCUAUUUUUGGUCCGAUUCAUCAGUUACCCUCGAGUGGUUACGUUCUCCUCCGCAUGUUUGGAAAACCUUCAUUGCCAACCGAGUAUCCGAAAUUCAAACCACCACCCACGGAUCGCAGUGGAACCACGUCGCAGGAAUCCAUAAUCCAGCUGACCUGAUAACGAGGGGAAUGAAAGUGGAUGAAUUUCUGAGCAGUGAUCUUUGGCACCACGGUCCAUCUUGGCUUAGUCUGCAUAGGGAAAGCUGGCCAACAACAACCAAUGUGAGCAACCAUUCCGAUGAAGUUUUUGAGCGACGCAUCAUGGUGGCGGCCAUUCAAAGUCGACCAAUCGUGAAUGAAAUUUUCUUGCGAACCAAAUCCUACCAACGACUGCUUCGUGUAACGGCCUACUGCCUACGGUUCAUCAAUGUCUGCCGUCAACGAGAAUCAUCAGAUCGACUAGAAGGAAGUACCGUACUCAACGUGGAGGAAUUGUCGCUGUCUCAUAUGAAGCUAGUAAAGCUGGCCCAAAUCGAUUCGUUCGGUGAAGAAAUUAGGGAAUUGGGUAGAGGGAAGCCAGUAUCGAAACGAUCAAAUUUGCGCCUAUUGAGUCCAUUUCUCGAUUCAGACGGAAUCAUUCGAGUCGGGGGAAGACUAAAUCUCUCAGAGCAGCCCUAUCACACGAAGCAUCCAAUCCUACUUCCCAGUUCCCAUCCUUUCACACGUUCUGUUGCUGUCUUCUACCAUAACAAACUGUUGCAUGAUGGCGGCCGUGUAACAUUAGCUGCAAUGCGGCAAGAAUACUGGCCGAUUCAGGGGAGAAGGUUAUUGAACAGCAUCAUGCGCAAUUGUUUUCGAUGCACGCGAGCAUCUCCAACACCAGCAGCACAACAAACAGGGCAACUACCGCAGCGAAGAAUUACACCAAGCAGACCAUUCACCGUCACCGGCGUCGAUUACGCUGGUCCAGUGUACCUGAAACCACCACAUAAACGGGCAUCGAGUAUCAAGGCAUAUAUAAGCAUUUUUGUGUGCUUUACGACGAAAGCUGUGCAUAUCGAACUGGUUAGUAGCCUCUCCACCGCUGCUUUCAUAGCAGCUCUUCGAAGGUUUAUUUCUCGCCGUGGUCGACCGACCCACAUAUACUCUGACAACGGCAAGGAUUUUGAGGGAGCACGAAAUGAAUUGCGGGAACUAUACCAAUUAUUGCAACGGAAAAAAGCAUCAGGAGAAAUUUCCACCAUCUGCGCGACCGACGGAAUCCAAUGGCACAUGAUUCCUCCGAAGGCCCCCCACUUUGGCGGCCUAUGGGAGGCGGCAGUGAAAACGGCGAAGAAGCACCUGCACAGACAACUUGGCAAAACCGCAUUAUCCUUCGAAGACAUGACUACUAUCCUGUCGCAGAUUGAGGCCUGUAUGAAUACGAGGCCUCUCACACCGAUGACGGAGAUCCCAGACGAUUUGGCAAUCCUCACUCCAGCACAUUUUCUCAUCGGCUCCGCUAUGUUGGCUCUACCUGAAGCUGACGUUACCGAGACACCACUCAACCGACUGGAUCACUACCAAAAACUUCAGGAGCGAGUCCAGAAGUUUUGGCAUCUUUGGCGAACGGAUUAUCUGCAUGAGAUGCAGAAAGAAGGAAGGCGAACAACACCAAAUACUUCUUUUCAACCAGGACGAAUGGUGAUUUUGGUCGACGAGUCUCUAUCACCUGCAAGAUGGCCGCUAGCCAGAAUAACCGAAGCACAUCCAGGCAGAGAUGGACUAAUCCGCGUUGUAGGACUUAACACCAGCAAAGGGACCAUCAAGCGACCUGUUACCAAGGUUUGCCUUCUACCUUAUGAAGAUUAUGUACCUGAAAUUAAUGAAAACUGUUAA